AUGGCUAAUAUUCACGAAAACGUUCUUCAUCGUCAUGCUUCCGUAAGCACUGUUUACCAUUGCCUCUACGGAUAUUUCUACUUAGGCAUUAAGAUGAAUACAUUGGCCAAAAUACACCAUCAUUCAACAAUUUCGCUGUGGAUUCGUUUUUACGACGAAAACAAAUAUUUUGGACGAAAGGAAAGAGCAAAGGUCUACCUUCAAUUUGGUCCGAAGGAGAAAUCUUGGAUAGUGAACUUGUAUAAAGAUUGUCCCAUCUUGUACUUACUUGAAGCUAAGGAACGGUUUGAACGGACUUUCCAUAAGUCAAUAAGUUCCGCAUCCAUCAGUCGAAUCCUUCACUCAGAAGGUUAUACGUGGAAAGUGUUGGAAAGACGGGCAAUGCAACUACGCCAAAAGGAUAUCUACCGGUUUCAAUCCGACAUGACCAUUACAGCUUGGGAUAUUCAUUGCCUGGUGUUCUUGGAUGAAAUAUCCUUUGACAAUCGUGGACUGCUCCGAAAUAAAGGAUACGCACCGGUAGGUAAACGUCUUAUAUACCGUUGGGAGUUCGUUAGGAAGCCCAGAUGUUUCUUGUCUCCACAGCGUUCGAAUGACUUCUGGUUUUUGAAAUUCUUCUCGAACACAGUACCUUUGAACCGAUACUGGUUGUCAUUCUCCUUGGAUCCGUGUGGUAGCUCGUCUAGCUCAGAAUGA